AUGGCAGACGAGAACAAGAUUGGCCAGCGCCUCCUCGCGACCCUCCUGGACGAGCUGGCAAGAAAGCAGCCGACCAGAAGAUUCGCGACAAUCCCCAAAACAGCGAACAUUGAUGAUGGCUUCGUUGAUAUCAGCAUAGCAGAUCUAGCCAAUGCGGUGAAUUACAUGGCCGGGUGGAUUCAGAAGAAUCUAGGCUGUAGCUCAGACCAUGCGUCACUGGCGUAUCUCGGGGCUAAUGAUGUUCGCUAUUUUGUGUUUAUUUUGGCGUGUAGCAAGACGGGGUAUAAGGCCUUUUUGCCCUCUCCUCGAAACUCGGAUGAGUCGUUUCUGCAUCUGUUCAAGGUGACGGAAACGAAUGCAUUUCUGUACGGGGCAGAGCGACGACAGAAGAUGUCAGAGCUAGGGGCUCUUCGCCCUGAUAUGAAGAUGUUGGAGAUACCCUCUCUGUCAGACAUGUUGAUUGGUUCAGAUGUGUUUCCAUAUGAUGCUGUCUAUGAGAAGGUCGAAGAUGAUGUGCUUUUUAUCAUUCACAGCUCUGGGACUACAGGCCUCCCCAAGCCAGUCCCCAUAACCCACGGCUUCAUGUCCACCAUCGACAGAUCCGGGCACUUCCCCUUCCCACCAGGUCGUCAAUGCAGUAUGGGAGUCGGUCUCGAAGCCGGUGAUCUCGUCCUCACCCCUGGCCCGUUCUUCCAUCUCAUGGGGCUGUAUACACUCAUUCGAUCGCUGUUUGAGGGCAUACCCGUUGCGCUGUUUCCGGAUCGGCCGUUAUCGACAGAUCUCUUCGUGCAGACUAUUCGGCACACAAAGCCCAAGUCUGCUAUGUGUCCGCCGUCUAUCCUGGAGGAGAUGUGCGCUUCACCGGCUGGCCUCGAGGCGUUGUCAACGUUAGACAGUGUCGCGUAUGGAGGCGCCCCUCUCAGCCCGGAAGUGGGUGAUAAACUGAGCCAGGUGACAAACAUCCAGACGGGAAUGGGAAGCAGCGAAGCAGGCGUAUUGAUGACCAUGGCUCCGCUGGUGAAGGAGGACUGGGCAUACUACGAAUGGAACCCAUUUUACAAGACUGACAUGCAGCCUGUUGGGGAAGGCAUGUAUGAGUUGGUGAUUCCACGGUGCGAGAACCGCGACAUCCACGGCAUCUUCCAUACAUAUCCUGAGCUUCACGAAUACCGGACGAAAGAUCUGUUCACUGCGCACCCGACCAAGCCAGGUCUGUGGAAGUUCGCAGGGCGGUACGAUGAUGUGAUUGUGUUGAGCAAUGGAGAAAAAUUCAAUCCUGUCUCGAUGGAGAAGGUGAUUGAGGGGCAUGAUGUAGUGGCACGAGCAGCGGUUGUCGGACAGGGGCGAUUCCAGGCUGCAUUAUUGAUUGAGCCGAAUUGGAGUGUUUGGAAAGAAGGUGGAGAUAUAGUUGAGAUGGUAUGGCCGUCUGUGCAAAAGGCGAAUCAGGCCGCUCUUGCCCAUGGACGCAUCAUGAAGAGCAAAAUUGCGGUUCUUCCAAGAGGUCAAUAUUUCCGGACAACGCCGAAGGGGACGGUGCAGAGACUGCAUGUUGGAACUGACUUUGGGUCGUUGAUCGAUGCUUUGUAUGCUGGAGAUGAAAGUGAACAAUGGUCACUUCCUGAGAAUACUGAUAUCGACUCGAUUUGUGAAUUUGUCUCACGGCUGGUAUCGGAGAAGCUGGACUCAGACAUCAAUGCUGAAGAUGACAUCUUUGUUGCUGGGCUGGAUUCUCUGCAGACCAUCCAACUAGCCAAGGACCUGCAAGGCGCCAUUCGAUUGCGGUUUCCAGAGAGGAGCAUUGAGAAUGUAACGUCGCAGCAGAUAUACGCCAAUCCGACUAUCCAGCAACUAUCGACUCUGGUCUAUCGAACCAUCCACGGCCAGCAAGAUGGCAUGCUGUCACGGAAAGAAACGAUCGAAGGACUCGUGCGCAAGUAUACAGCCAGCAUCCCUACGCAGGAACAGCAUCACCAUCAGCAGCAAUCCCAGAUGCGCAUAGUCAUCCUAACCGGCUCCACCGGUUCACUAGGCAGCUACAUCCUCUCCUCUCUACUAUCCAACCACAGCGUUGAGAAGAUAUUCUGCCUGAACCGAUCCGACGCAGCAAAGCGGCAAGAACAAGGUUUUAUCGAAAAAGGACUCAACCCCGAUUUCGAACGAGUCGAAUUCCUGAAUGCAUCGUUCGGCCAUGAGAACUUUGGUUUGGACGCAGACAAAUACAAGGCGAUGACCCAGACAGUCGACACUAUCAUCCAUAAUGCCUGGCAGGUCAACUUCAAUCAUGGUAUCUCCUCUUUCGAGAAGCAGCAUAUCCACGGCAUGCGCCGGUUUAUCGAUUUCAGCUUGCAAAGUGCCCAGCAAGCACAUAUCCACUUCAUCUCAUCCAUCGGAACAGUGGGCGGGUGGAAUAAAUUCACUCAUGGCCCAUCUAUUCCAGAAGUCCCACUCGAAGACUGCGAUGUCGUUAUUCCGCAGGGAUAUGGCGAGUCGAAGCAUGUUGCGGAACGAAUCUGUCUUGAGGCAUCGCGUCGGGCGGGUGUGCAGACCACCAUCUAUCGCGUCGGGCAGAUUGCCGGUCCUACUACUCAGAAAGGGGCAUGGAAUCGCCAGGAAUGGUUGCCGACGUUGGUUAAAACGUCCAAAGCAGUAGGAGCUGUUCCGGAUACAUUGGGGCCGUUUAGUGUUGACUGGAUUCCGGUGGAUACACUGGCAAAUAUCAUCACGGAACUAAUAACAUCGCGACACACAUCAUCAUCCAACGAUACAUGCACUGUCUUCCACCUCGCCAAUCCAUCCAUCACAUCCUGGGAGUCCCUCAUCCCCGCCGUGGAGAAAUCAUACACAGUCAAACCAAGCAGUCUAUCAUCGUGGAUUCAGAAGCUGGAGGGAAUCAACAAUCCAACUGAGGAAGACGUAAUCGCCAUGCCUGCGAUUAAACUACUGGAUUUCUACCGUGGCGUGUUGGCUGGAGAGGGGUCACUUUCUACCCCGCUGGAAUUGGUCAGAACUAUGCAGGCCAGUAGUACGAUGAGACGGUUGAAGGCAAUUGAUGUGGACUUGAUGCUAAAUUGGAUUCAACAGUGGGAGUUUUGA